CCCACCUUCCCUGUUCCCAGUUCCCUCUCCAUUUUCUUCCCAUCAGAAAACGGGUUGGAAGAAACCUCUCAGGCUCUCACAUCUGGAAUUAAAACCCUUCAAAGGUUUCCUCCAGUCCCUCAAAUUUGAAGCAUGCCCUGGUUCUUGGAUUGAAGGUUUCAUCUCAAAUACAGUUCAUUGCAAUUAAGAGGCCAUGUCAGUGAAAAUGGAGGAAGAUGUUGACUUCUCAACCCUGAAGUCUCAGCUUAGUGAAACAAGCAUCAUCUGGAAACAGGAGAUGGAGCGACAUCAAUCUCAGGUGGAUGCAUUGCAAGCAAAACUUGUGGAGGUAAAGGCUUCUAUCCAAGACUCUGGAGAAGAUGCAAAGAAAGAAUUAGAAGUUCUUUGGAGAAGGGUAAAAACUACUGCAACAUUGCUUACAUACUUGAAAUCAAAGGCUAGAAUAAUGGCAGUUCCGCAUUUAGCCCAUACUUCAUGUGGGAUAAGACAUCAAGAGGGGGUGGGGCUUGUUGACAAAAAUGGCACGCCAUUAUGUGAUUGGUCAAGGGAUGUUGAUCUUUCUUCCUUUAGCUGCACAGAUGAAGAAACAUGGAUGAGAAUUGGCAACAAACAAGGAUCAUUUGAUGAACAUGAUGGAACUUAUAUUGGUGAAAUACUUAAGUGUGUUCGCAUGGUAACAGAUGUCAUGGAAGCCCUGGUUAAAAGGGUUAUUAUGGCAGAAACUGAAACAGCUAUUGAGAAGGAAAAGGUGACUUUAGGUCAGGAAGAGAUUAAAAAGAAGGCACUUCAGAUUGAAAGCAUGUCAGCAAAAGUUGAAGAGAUGGAAAGAUUUGCACUGGGUACAAACUGCAUUUUGAAUGAGAUGAGACAGAAGGUGGAAGAUAUGGUGCAAGAAACAUCUAGACAAAGGCAACGAGCUGCAGAAAAUGAGCAGGAGCUUUGUCGUGUGAAGCAGGACUUUGAAUCCUUAAAAUCUUAUGUCAGUAGUCUUAUCAGUGUAAGAGAAACACUUCUUUCAUCGGAGAAGCAAUUUCAAACAAUUGAGAGGCUUUUUGAGAGGCUGGUUGCCAAGACAAAUCACUUGGAGGGUGAAAAGAUGCGGAAAGAGGCCGAAGUCCAAAAAUUGAUGGAGGAGAAUGUUAGGCUAAGUGCUCUUCUUGACAAGAAAGAGGCCCAACUGUUGGCCAUGAAUGAACAGUGCAAGGUAAUGGCACUGAAUGCUUCGUCUAGUUCCUAGCCUAAUUCCUUUACCUACCGUUGAUCUUUGGCUUGGGGGGGUGUUUCACAAAACACCAUUUGCAAAUCCACCAGAGUGAGAGUGAGAAAUCUUUUAGAUUGCAACCCAUGUUUAGGCUCAUCAUUAAGAGAAAAAUUGUAAUAUUUGUAAAAGUUCAGUUCCAUUGUGUUAUUCUCUAAUGUACUCUUGUCUCUUGAUCUGAAGUUACAAAAUUCCAGGCAUUGCUGCAUGCGUGUAGUGUAUUCAACAAACAUAAAAUCUUUUGUC